CACAUUCUUCAUAGAAGGGCAAUGUACUUUCAAGAACUGUGAAAAUGCAAUUCAUAGCAUGUGUGUAUAUAUGGGGAGAAGGGGUUUGUUUGGAGCCCGAAUGUGUCAUGUGUGUGUAUAUAUAUACAGAAACAGAGCUAGAAAGUUGAAACAAAAUUUGGCGCGCAAUUACACAAUCACAAUGACGGAGAAGAAACAGAAAGACACGAAGAAGGCUUCAUCUCAAUCGAAACCAUGCAUGUCGAACCAAGAUCGCGGAAAAGCGGUAUUAGAUGAUGAAGAGGAAUCUGAAGAUCCUCCAACGGAGCAAAUCCGAUGCCUCACACUCCACUCACAAAACUCGCCUAAAUUAGGUGAAUCGUUCAGUUGGAAAAGGUACAGACUAUGGAAGCAAGACAGGUAUCACAGAUCAGCACGACUCGAAAGGCAACUCAAAUCUCUGGAAGAUCGAAUCGAUAAACAACUGAAACGAUUCCAAGCCCAAUACUCUCGCGCCAAGAACCCAACACGACCAAAAGAUGUCGCCGAACUUCUCAUGCGUAAAUCCAGCCCACCUCUGGAACUCGCCACUCUCUCAUGGCUAGGUGCCACACAAAAGGCCAUUUCUCAAUUGAUCCAUGACUUGCGGAUCGAAGAAGCUGUCAUCGAUGAAGAAAUGAUGGAGAUUCAAGCCAAUUGCAUUCUCCGAAUCCCUUUCGCAAUCGCUAACGAAAAGCCCAAUGGAUCUACUUUAGAUCAAGUCAAUUCUGAACUCAAAAAAGUCCAUCGUCUCAUCGUCAAGGCCCAAAACUUCAGGACAAAUGCAUUGGAAACGGUGGUGAAGAAGAUUUUGUGCCAGAGUGAUGCGGCGGAGUUCCUGGUGGCGUUCGACGGAAUUCAAGAAACCGUUCACCAGUUUUCGAAAGAUUAUAAGAUGAGAAAAGGUCCGGUAACAGUGCCAUUGAUCUCCGGUUCAGAAAUUGUGGGGGUGGAUAGUGGCUACUCGUUGUGUAAGUUUCUUUGAAAUCAUAGGUACAACUCGUAAAGCGUUUAGUACUACCUCUUAUGCAGUUGCUCUGUUGUCUAUGCAUCAAUAUUGUUCUUUCACAUCAUUCUGUGUAAUCUGUACGUGAAAUUUUUGUUUUGUUUUUUUGUAUUCAC